GUGCAACAUCAUCGAGUGGUACAUUCGCUUCGUCGAGUAGACUGGUUAGGUCAGGUGCUGCGAGAUCGACAAGUCAAAAGACGGCGCAAGUAUUACAUCAAACGGCCCAAUGCACUCUGGCACAUGGAUGGCCAUCACAAACUAAUUCGAUGGGGGAUUGUAGUUCAUGGAUUUAUUGAUGGCUUUUGCAGAACGGUAAAUAUAUGUUUCGUGUGCUUGUAA